AUGGGCCUCAACUACAUGAGCUUACUUACGCCGAGUAAAGCUCCCUUCUACGGCAUCGUUCUAGGAAACUCCUCUACACCAAUUGGCUCGGUCACCCUCCCAGUCACAUUUGGUACGGAGCAAAACUUUCGGACAGAAUAUAUCAAGUUUGAAGUAGCCGACUUCGAAUCUUAUUACCAUGCCAUCUUGGGAAGACCAGCACUGGCCAAGUUUAUGGUCGUGCCCCACUAUGUCUACCUACUUCUCAAGAUGCCGGGCAACACAGGAGUCCUUUCUCUACGUGGGGACCUCCUCAAGUCCUUCGAAUGCGACAAGGAAGCAAUUGUUCACGCCUCUAGCAUUCGAGUACCCAGUUCCAUGAGCGAGAUACUCCCCACCGCCAAGGAGCUGUCACUCAACAAGGACUUGAUGCCCUCAAAGAAGUCAAGCUAG